CAGAAAUGUUCUUGCUCCUGAAAGGUUCAAUAAUCACUCAACAACUCACCUCUUCAGAGAACUGAAUGUACACAGAAGUCCUCUUCAUCUCAGCUACUGAUUCUCUCUAACCUGCUUUACCUAUUCAAACAUGAGGGUCUUGUUUUUUGUCUUUGGAGUCCUUUCCUUGAUGUUCACAGUUCCUCCAGCCAGAAGCUUCAUUUCUAAUGAUGAAUGUCCUUCAGAAUACUACUAUCAUUGCAGACUGAAGUGCAAUGCUGAUGAACAUGCAAUUAGAUACUGUGCUGACUUCAGCAUCUGCUGCAAACUGAAGAUCAUUGAAAUUCACGGACAAAAGAAGUGGUGAAAAUUCUAACUCCAUCUUCUUCAGACUCCAGGACAAAAAACAUGUCUUAAACUCUCUUAUCUAUGAAUAAUUAACAUGAUAGACGAAAAUUAUUAUAAUUGCAUGUUUAGAUGGUCAGGUGAAAAUGAAUAUAAAUUUUAUAAAUGCUUCCA